AUGGGAUUUGAGUCCACGGGGGACCUUGGAUAUACUGACUAUUUUGAGCGGUUAGGAACGGUUGUUGGGAGAAGUGACGAGUUAGUGGUAAGGAGGGUGAUGGAGGUGCUGUGUGGAGAUGUAAGCUGUAAGCAGGAGAUUGUUGAGGAGGUUAUUGGAAAAAGCUUAGCGAGGGAAGACUUUGAAGAGAUGGUGAAGCUAACAGAAAGAUUCCUCAACAGAGAUACAAAGAAGAUUGACUUUGAAGAUGUUGAGCUAUUUGAUGUUUUAUUUACUCUUCGAGAGAAGAAGAGGCUCCUUGAGAUUAUAAGGAAAAGCACGGAUCUUGAAAAGGAUCUCCUUAGGGCUCUUGGGGGCCGGAAGAUGUAUUUUAUGAGAUACAUACUCGACAACAAAAAGAUGUUUGAACAUUUUCUUGGCUAUCAACUGUUUCCAGAUACAAGAAGGGAGAUACAGAAACUGAUGAGGAGCGAAGGAGGUCCUCCAGCCUUUAUCAAGUACAUAGACAGCGAUGUACUGAGUCUUAUGAAGGGGAGCAAGGUGAUUGAUUUGGAAAAGACAUCAGAUGCCAGCGGUACACAUAUGAUAAGAGGGGAGUAUCCUACAGGAUCAAGUGUAAGGUACGAAGAUGGAGCCAAGAUUGUUUUUGUUCCAGGGCAAAAGGUGGAUGUUGAGUUUGACGGAGAGCCUCCGGAAAAUGUAAAGAGGCUCUUUGGAAGGAACUUUGUGUUCAACUAUGUCCAAAGUGUAGUCCAGAGCUCUGUGCUGAAAGGAGAUGGGAAUGUUCUUGUGUGUGCACCUACGGGGAGUGGAAAGACAGUUAUAGGAAUGAUGUGUAUUCUCAAGGAGAUUGAAGCAAGAAAGAAGGUGCGGGUUGGAUACAUUGCUCCCAUGAAAGCACUGGCAAGGGAGAUAUGCAAGACCAUUGGAAAAGUGUUUUCAAAACAUGAGGUUUCUGUUGUAGAACACACUUCGGAUAUCUACUCUGGAUAUAGGCGUCUUGAGCAGGCAGGGGUGAUAGUAUCCACACCGGAGAAGUUUGAUAUUUUGACAAGAAACACGGACCUCCGCUUCGACCUGGUGAUUAUUGACGAGAUCCACAUUAUUGGGGAUUCAAGGGGUGCGACAAUAGAAGCCAUUGUGGCAAGAAUGGCCAUGCAAAAGAAAUGCAGGAUUGUUGGGCUCAGUGCAACUCUUCCUAAUUACAUGGAUGUCGGGACAUUUAUUGGAUGCAGGGAUUCGGACAUAUUCCACUUUGGGCCAGAAUUUCGAAAAAACGCAAUAGACUACGAAUUGAUAAACGUUGGAAUGAAGGAAAGGGAAAUGGGAGUGGUAAUAGAAAAGACGUUGGAGAAUCUGGAGUUAGAUAAGCCGGUGAUUGUGUUUGUACACUCCAGGAGCGAAACUCUUGAGGUUGCAAGUGAAAUAAGAAGGUAUAUGGAAAAGACUAGUGAUUUGGAAGUGGAUGUGAGUGCAGGAGUCCGAGAGCUUCUGAAGUACAGAGUCGGAAUUCAUCAUGCUGGACUGGACAAGAAGACAAGACAAACAGUUGAAAAUCUGUAUCGAGAUGGAAAAAUAGAUGUGAUGGUGUGCACAGCUACGCUUGCAUGGGGAGUGAAUCUCCCUGGAAAGACUGUGAUAGUUAAGGGGACCGAAGUGUAUGAUACUUCUUGCGGAUGGAAGGCUAUAAAGCAGAUCGAGAUGCUCCAGAUGUUUGGAAGAGCCGGAAGGUUUGGCGAUGGCCGGUGCAAAGGAAUACUGGUAUCGAGCAAAGACAACGAAUUUCUUAUUCAACGGAGUAUAGAUUCUAGACUACUUCCUGGAUUGUGUGAUUGCCUCAAUGCAGAGAUAGUAAGAGGAAUGAGGAGAUUUGAGGAGAUGGUGGACUGGUUCAAGCAUACCUUUUACUAUACAAGACUGGUGAAAAUGAAUAGGGAGCCUGGGAAGAUGGUUAAAAGCCUUGUGUAUAGUGCUCUGAAGCUUUUGGAAGGAGCAGGACUCAUUGUGCUGGAACCCGAUAUACACCCCACAGCUGUUGGAGAAGUAGCAUCUAGAUAUUACAUCUACUAUAAGGAUGCAAAGAGGCUGUUUGAUGGCCUUUCUCAAAACAUGUUGGAAUCGUCUUUACUGCAAAUCCUAGAGGGAACAAGGGAAUUCUCUGAUCUAAAUGGUAACGAGAAGGAGAUGGAGUCCCUCAAGGAUCUUGUGCCUAUCCCCACUGAAUCCAUAUUUGGGCUACAGGUACAGUGUUAUAUAGCCAACCGAAUGAACUCAGCACCUCUCUCUCAGAAUCUCUGCAGGGUGUUCAGGGCGCUGUUUGAGAUUGGAAUGAGAAAGAAGCUUGGGAUCGCAAAGACAAUACUGGGGUGGUGUAAAGCAGCAGAGCAUAGGAUAUUUCCGUACCAGACACCUUUGAGGCAUUUUACAGACGAUGUGGAAGUCCUGAGGAGUCUGGAGAUGAAGGAAAUUCCUUUUAAGGUGUUGGAGGUACUGGGCAAGGAUGGGCUAGAUGAGAUAGGAAUUGGAGGGAGCAUCAUAGUUGAAGCCCUAAAAUAUGUUCCCAAAUUCAAUAUCUCUCCGAGUAUUCGAGUUGCAGCACCUGGAAACUAUGUCAUAAGCAUUGGAAUCGAAAAAACGUUCUGCGACAGCAAGAUCGAAAGUAAUAUGUACCAUCUUUUCAUAACCGAUUCAAAAGAGUCGAGUCUGGUUGUGUGUGACACAGUAAUAUUCCAAAAGGAGUGUGAGUAUGUAUGCCAGAAUUAUGGGGUAUGCACAGACUCUCCAUUUCUGAACAUCUACCUUCUCUCUAGUCAUUAUCUGUGUCCCAUACAUCCUGUAACAUUAGAUCUGAGGAGUAGUAUGGAAUCUUCUCCUUCGGUAUUUAGUAGAGUGUGGAGGUCUUUUAUGGAAAAGAAAGCAUCUGGGAUGAACAAUUGCGUCAAACUGGAUCUAUUCCACAAUGAAAUUUCCACAGAAGUGGUGGUUGUGCCCAGCUAUGCUGAGAAAAGAAGGUUAAUGCUUCUGGGCUACAGGGCAUACACUUAUGAGGAGUUUGUUUCUUGGAGGGUUAUUUCUGGCCCUGUUACUAUUGUGGAGGUGGACGGGAUUAUUUCGAACCACCUUAUAGAAGCUUGCAUGGCACAUUGUAUCAUAAGAAAUAUUCGGAUGGUUCUGGUAGGACUUCCAUUUACAACGGGUGGAGGAAUUGAAUCGAUCGGAAAGAUUGAAAAGAACCUGAAGGAAAUAGGUGUAGAAGUUUGUGAGUCUUACUCUCCUACAUACCAUGGCCAGCUCUUUGACUUCAAGAUUAGGAUAAUCGAAAAUAUCCGUGGGGUGGAUGUGGAGGAGAGCUCAUGUCUUAUCAUUUGCUCUACAAUGAAGAUGAUUGGAUAUUUCAAAAAGUUCUUUGAAGAUGCAAGGAUUGCUUCAGAGUAUACAGGAAUCCAUAAGGGUGUGUACUUCGCUACAAAGAGAGUGGUUGAUCUAUGGGUAGAUAGGAGAUGGAGUCCCGAAGUAUCCCAAGUCCACAUUGUCGGGACAGACUACUACGACCACGAGACCUCAUCUUAUGUCGAUUACUCUCUUGCGGAUGUUAAGAGGUAUUCCCUCCUUGGUAAAAAGGCAGUUCUUUACGUGAGGGAAAGUAAGAAGGCGCUAUACUUUGGAAAUGGAACUGUUCCUUUGCACUAUUGCUCGUCUGAAAGGAAAGAGCUCUAUUUGUAUCCAUACUGGUUGGGAUGUAAACCAGAGAAGAGCCAAGGAAGUUCUCUAUUUGUUAAGGACCAAGAACUAACGCGAUAUGGGAUGAUACUGUGUAAGUAUUGUGUUGGAAUCGACACUGUUGAAAUGUUCAUUGAAAAGGCCAAGGAUAAGAUGGGGUUGAAGAGCAUUCGGGCUCUUGUGUGUGGGGCAGGGGAGCUUGUGCUUGAUGUUGAUCCAGAUGAGUUGGAAGCAUUAUCUAAGACAGGGGUGGAUCUUUCGUUUGGAAAGGCAUAUGGGAUGACUUCAUACGUACUGGAUAUGAGUGAAGGAGACGAAAGGAUUCUUCAGCAGUAUGCUGGGAGUAUACUUCCGGUGGUGAAUAGGUUAUACUUGUGUCUCGUGGAAGUUUCAUUAGAAAAAAUGUAUCUGAAAACAGCAUUCAACACCAUGUUUGGACUCCAGAAUAUUAUGAGUGUCUUUAUCGAGGACAAGGACAAGUUCUACAAUGCAAAGCUUUGCGGGGGAGCUGUGCUCAUUGAAGUUUUGUCCGUCCCUCGAAGCCCGAUGGGAUGGGUUGUGUUCUUUCUAUUUGACGGAUCGAAAGAGUCCGAGAUUAUUUAUAUCGAAUGCCCAGGAACAUACUCCACAUCUUGGAACCACAAGAUCUGCUAUGUGAUGAGCGACAGCUACCCUGGCUUUGAGAAGAUCGAGGACAAGGCAUAA